ACUUAUUGUGAUGACAGUAACAGAGAUGAAUGAACGAAUACUUGUUUCUGCUCCCGGAAAAGUGAUUUUAUUUGGCGAGCACUCUGUUGUAUAUCAAAAGACUGCAGUAGCUGCAUCUCUUGGUCUCCGUUCUUAUCUCUAUCUUGAAAAAAGAAAAGACAAUGUAGUUCAACUUAUUUUACCUGAUGUUAAUAUAAAUAAGGCAUGGACUUUAAAUGAAUUCCCUUUUAGAUACAAUUAUCCUGAUUCAGAUACCCGUCAUCCCAAUAAUAUGCCAAUAGAACUUCGUGAAAAAAUAGACCAAUUAUCUGGUUUUUCAGGAAAGGAAACAGAUGCUAAAACUCAAGCCCUUACAGCGUUUUUAUAUCUUUUGAUAAUUCUUGAAUCAAAAGCUAAGGAACCAUUAACACACGGUUUCACAGUAUGUGUUCGUUCCUUUUUACCCGUUGGUGCUGGUUUAGGUAGUUCAGCAAGCUUUUCAGUCGCGAUUGUUACAGCUUUAUUAAUCCUUAAUAAAAUGAUUCCUGUCGAUUUCAAUACCAGUAAAUCUAAUGACACAGCCAGUUAUCUUGAUUUGAUCAAUAGGUAUGCAUUUAAGGCAGAGGAAGUAAUACAUGGUAAUCCAAGUGGUGUCGAUAAUGCAGUAGCUACCUUUGGGGGCGCCAAAACGUUUAUGCGUGGACAAGGUUUUACUACCCUCGAAGGAUUUUAUUCUUUGCGUUUAUUGCUAACUAAUACAAAAGUACCUCGAUCCACAAAUGCAUUAGUUGCUGGUGUAGGAGAAAAGAGAAAGAAGUAUCCUGAAGUUAUUGAACCUAUGCUAGAUUCUAUGCACCAGAUUGCUAUUCACUGUCGUGAUGCAUUCAAACAAUUAAAAAAGGGAGAAUUAACAAAGGAAGGAUUGAUGGAUCAACUGGAAGAUUUGGUUACGUUAAACCAUUGUUUACUUGAUGGUCUUGGUGUAAGUCAUCCUAGUUUAGAAAAAGUAAGAGAAAUCACUGCUCAGUUUGGUCUCAAGACAAAAUUGACAGGCGCUGGUGGUGGUGGCUGUUCUGUAACUUUCAUUCGGGACUCAGUCUCUCAAAGUUUAAUAAACGAAGUUAUGUUAAAACUAAGAAAUGAAGGCUUUGACUGUUAUCAAACUUCUGUUGGUGGAAUUGGUGCUGAUGCUGUUACUUUGCUUCAAAAUGAAACAUAUCAAUGGCUUCUUGAAGCAGAUCGUGAAACUUUAGAACAUUAUUUUACAAAGUGAUUGAGCAUGAAUAAUAAUAAUAAAAAAAAAAAGAGUGCCUUACAAAGAUCAUAAAUGGGAAAAUGAUGAUAAAAUAUUAUGCUUAUUCUAGUUGAGG